AUGACGGCCCUACCCCCACUGUCACGCCCCAAGCUUACAGCCUUGGCCAGAGAGAAGCUGCCAUGCUCCUCCAGAACAACGCCACGGCCUCAGUUGAUCAAAGAAAAAGAUGACAUAGAUCGUUAUCUGGAGUCGAAGUUCAAAGGAUUGUCAAAAGAGGAGGUUGCUGCUUACCGGAACUCAUACAAGAAGAACAUCUGCGUGGACAUGCUGCGAGAUGGGUAUCACAAGUCCUUCACUGAGCUCUUUGCCCUGAUGGAGAAGUGGGAGGCCCUGAGGGAGGCUGCAAAGCUCAGGUCUGUCUUCUGGGUGCAGAAACCCCUGGAGGAGCAGCCUGAUAAGCUGGACCAAUUCUACUUCUACCUGACCAGGGCUGAGAUGGCUGAAAGGAGAAGACUUUUUGAAGAUGUCUAUGAUAACUUGUAUGCUCUGGCCUGCUACUUCAAUAAUUCUGAAGACAAGUGGGUGAGGAACCACUUCUACAAAAGAUGUUAUGAGAUUGCUCAAAUGAUCAAAAUUGACGGUGGGAAGAAAGAAGCCGAGGCACAUGGACACAUGGGACUUCUAUUUGAGGAAGAUGGUCAGCUUCUGGAAGCUGCCGAGCAUUAUGAAGCAUUCCAUCAAUUGACGCAGGGGCGGAUAUGGAAGGAUGGGGCAGGCCGCUUUCUCAACUUGUUGGCCUGCGAGAGUCUCCUGAGGACGUACAGAUUACUCUCAGACAAAAUGCUGGAAAAUAAAGAUUACACACAGGCCAUCAGAAUUCUAAUAAAAGCUUCUGAAAUAGCCAAAGAAGGAAAUGACAAAAAGAUGGAAGGGGAAGCUUCCUAUUAUUUGGGCUUAGCACACUUGGCUGCUGGAGAGCAUGACAUAGCAUUAGCAGACCUCAACACUUACAGUGAGAUCUCCACAGACUUGGAGGAUGACCUGAGCCUGGGGAAAGCCUAUGAAGCCAUAGCCAGAGUCCUGCAGAGCCAAGGAGAUAUGGUAGAAGCAGUUAUAUACCUGAAGAAAUUUGUGAACCUGGCAAGAAACAAUUUUCAAAAGCUAGAUGUGGUGAAAGCAAGUACAAUGCUUGGUGACAUCUACAAUGAAAAAGGACACUACAACAAAGCUUCUGAAUACUUUCAGCAAGCUUUUGACACUACAGCAGAGCUAACAAAUGUGCCUCUGAUGGAUGAAACCAAAGUUCAUUACGGAAUAGCAAAAGCUCAUCAGAUGAUGAUGACAAUUAGCAGUUAUAUAGAAGCUGCAGAUCUCUCCAGCCUUAACACUCUGCUCUCAUGGAAGGAAACUAGAAGUAAUAUUGCACUUGAUCCAGUUACUGAAUACUCUAGAAGAUCCACAAUAGUAAAUUUGUAG